AUAACCAGAGUGACACGUCGCAAAUUCCCCAUAAUCAAGGAGAACUUUUCCGGGUGGUGAUCUCUGAAAUUGCUCAGCGAGCACCCCUAAUUAACCUGAUUUUUUGCUGAUAAUCACUCACAAUGGAAUCAAAUCAAAAAUCGGGGGACGGAUUGACCGGCACACAGAAAGAAGCUGCUCUCCGUGCUUUAAUUCAGCGCACAGGAUAUAGUUUGAUCCAGGAAAAUGGACAAAGAAAGUAUGGAGGUCCACCACCUGGCUGGGAUGCCCCACCACCAGAGAGGGGCUGUGAGAUUUUCAUUGGGAAAUUACCCCGAGAUCUUUUUGAAGAUGAACUUAUCCCAUUAUGUGAAAAAAUUGGUAAAAUCUAUGAAAUGAGAAUGAUGAUGGACUUCAAUGGAAACAAUAGGGGAUAUGCCUUUGUAACAUUCUCUAAUAAACAGGAGGCUAAGAAUGCAAUCAAGCAACUUAAUAAUUAUGAAAUUAGGAAUGGACGACUCCUAGGGGUUUGUGCCAGUGUAGACAACUGCCGUUUGUUUGUAGGAGGAAUCCCAAAAAACAAGAAGAGAGAAGAAAUUUUAGCAGAGAUGAGGAAAGUCACAGACGGGGUCAUUGAUGUCAUUGUGUAUCCCAGUGCAGCAGACAAAACAAAAAACCGGGGAUUUGCUUUUGUGGAAUACGAAAGUCAUCGAGCAGCAGCAAUGGCAAGAAGAAAACUGCUACCAGGAAGAAUACAGUUAUGGGGACAUCCUAUUGCUGUAGACUGGGCAGAACCAGAAGUUGAAGUUGAUGAAGAUACAAUGUCAUCUGUUAAAAUCCUCUAUGUGCGAAACCUUAUGCUAUCAACCACAGAAGAAACAAUUGAAAAAGAAUUCAACAAUAUUAAACCAGGUGCAGUUGAAAGAAUAAAGAAAAUCAGAGACUAUGCAUUUGUACACUUUAAUAACAGAGAGGAUGCAGUUGAAGCUAUGAAAGCCUUAAAUGGGAAGGUGCUGGAUGGUUCCCCUAUCGAAGUGACAUUAGCAAAACCAGUAGACAAAGACAGUUACGUUAGACACACCAGAGGCACAGGAGGACGAGGUACUGUGCUACAAGGAGAAUACACUUACACAUUUGGACAUGUGUAUGAUCCCGCCACAGCCUACCUUGGAGCUCCAGUCUUCUAUGCACCUCAGGCCUACGCAGCUAUUCCUAACCUUCAUUUCCCUGCCACCAAGGGUGACCUCAGCAGUAGGGGAAUUAUCCGACCUCCAUCUAUUAGAGAAAUUUACAUGAAUGUACCUGUAGGGGCUGCGGGAGUUAGAGGACUAGGAGGACGUGGAUACUUGGCUUACACUGGCCUGGGUCGUGGAUACCAGGUUAAAGGAGAAAAGAGGGGAGAAGACAAACUCUACGAUCUUUUGCCUGGAAUGGAACUUACCCCAAUGAACCAUAUCGCUUUAAAACCACAUGGAAUUAAACUUGCUCCUCAGGUCUUAGAAGAAAUCUGCCAGAAAAAUAACUGGGGACAACCUGUUUAUCAGCUUCAUUCUGCAAUUGGCCAGGACCAAAGACAACUAUUCCUAUAUAAAAUCACUAUUCCUGCCCUUGCCAGCCAGAAUCCUACUAUACAUCCCUUCACACCUCCUAAGCUUAGUGCAUAUGUUGAGGAAGCCAAGACAUAUGCUGCAGAAUAUACUCUUCAGACAUUGGGCAUUCCCACAGAGGGAGCAGAGACUCCUGCUACAGCUCCUGCUUUUCCAGGAUACACCAUUGCUAAUCCAGCUGCUACUGUACCAGCUACACAACUAAAACAAGCAGUGACGCUGGGACAAGAUUUAGCACCUUACGCAACAUAUGAAGCCUACCCUGCCUUUGCAGUGGCUACUCGUAGUGAUGGCUAUGGAACGUUUUGAGAGACUAUUUUGUUUUUUUAAAAUCAAUGUUUUCUUUUAAUCAAGUGCAGCAAGAGGCUAGCUCAGUGUGAUAAUUAUUGUGACCUCAUGAUUUUAAACUAAUCUAUUGGCCAGAAUUAGAUUUAGUGAUAGUUUUAUACGUCUAGAUUCAUAGUUUUACAAUGGAACAUAUGCUAAAACAAAUUUUAAAAAUCAGUUAAAAAUCAAUUUUUCACACUGGAAAAAAAAAUUACCUUGGCCCAGGAAAAAGUUCUUAAAGGUUCUCAGGUAUAUAUUACUGUGUGUGUUUACAAACAAUAAUCCAUGCCAAAUACAGCAAUAUUCCCAAUUAUGUAGCGACUUUAGAGCUUGAAAAGCAGUUAGACUUCUCAGAUUAGCUAGCUAUGUUUUCAUACCCAUAAUCGUGGUGCAUAGCAAGACCUAAAAGCAGAAAGAGGGGCAGUUAGGCACCCAACUCCCACAAUUUUUUUAAGUCUCCCCCUAAUUCCUCAGGGGCACAAGUGGGCUAUACACAGGGGCAAAUGGGAGUUAGGGAGAACAGAAUCCUCUUUCCCGAUGCUGAGUGGUAGUUUUGCUCCACCCCAACCACUACUGCAUGACAUGAAUGGUCGGUGGGAUCACUGUCCUUCCCCUUGAGAAACACAGCAAAUCUCUCACCCCUAUCUAUAAAACAAUUCACUUCUUCUGCAUAUCAAAGCUCCCAUGCUAUCCCCAAACCGAGCCUGUGUGUACUGGCUACCCCCCAAGUCCAGUAUCACUGCCUGGCUCUCGCUAAAUUAGCUACAUUAUGUCUCAGUCUCUGUUUUCCUUUCUUCCUCUCAGUGGUGAGCUGGAGCAGGUUCCCACAGGUUCUCAAGAACCGGUUG